AUGAACAACCGCCUGCAAAGUGCCGAGACCAGUCCUUCUUCCUGGCAUCUAGCUGCGACUCCACUGUGCAAAAUGAUGCAGCACACCUCGACGCAGUUCGGGGCUUUGCCCUACGAAUUUAAUAAGAGAAAUGUCCAAUUAGUAUACGGUGGUGGCACCAGAGGUCUUAUGGGUGAAAUUGCCAAGGCAUUGGUCUCCCUGGCCACCUAG